GUUUUAUUGGCAGACUACAGGCAUACGAAAUAGUAUACUUAGUUAUAGGCCAUUCGAAGAUCGGAUUGGUGUUGCUUCCCGACAGCUGUACGUACGGAUUUGCCUUCUCCAUCCCUAUUGUCCGAUCCCUCUGAAUAACGUAGACCUGAUUUGAUCUGGAUUGCCGUUACCAAUACUUUCAAAGUUGAUAAAAUAAUUGGGCGAGGAGCCUUGAAUGCAUACUAGACUAUUAAUUUUCAGGAGUCUACAGGCAGCGACGGUGGCGAAAGGCCACGAGUUGAGCCACCGGUACGUCGUCGUUCGGACCUUGUUUGCUGCCAAGCUAGGUCAGUGCCGCGAGGAUAAUGCCAGGGGUAACUGGAUCCCAGUGUCAAUCUGGCUGUUCGCCAGCGGCCCCUAGUCCGUGGCGGAGAUUGCGCGCGGCGCAUCUGCGCACCCGCUCGCUGGGCCGGUCGCCGGGUGCAACGCGGAUCAAUGACGAUGAGAGCGACCUGCCGAUCAGGGCCGCGACUGCCACGCUCCCGGAGGCGCACACGAGCGGCUUCCUGCUGAGCAGAUCGCGAGGUACAAUACCGGAUGGCACGCCUGAUGCGGAGUACAUGCCUCCGCUCGAGAUCAUCCACGCGGCAAUCACUUCCAGCAGGUCAUCCAGUCGGCAGGUGAUCGUCGACCACCCACCCGGGUACCGACGGUCCGCUGCGAUACGGCCACACGUGUUCGGUGCGCUGGACAGCGAUCCAGGAACGGACGUGGACUACGGGUUCGACUCUGACGACGAAAUGGAAGUGUUUCCGCGAAGCGACGACGAACUGAUCACAAACGGGGCAGAUUUGUUGUACACGGUGAGCGAUGCAGUGGAGUUUAUCGGAGCAGGGCGGAUGCAGUACAUUCUGCUCUUUGCUAUGGCCUUGCAUUCGGGCAUGCAAGGAAUGGACAUCACCUACCUCACUGUUCUGCCAUCACUUGCCGGGUGUGAUUUCAACCUUUCUAGCGUGCAGAAAGCAUUGUUGUCUUCGGUGUUCUUCAUCGGUGUAACGUGUGGAUCUUUCAGUGUCGGCUUCAUGGGCGAUCGUUUUGGAAGAAAUCGGGCACUGUGGAUUGCCACGGCCUGGACUAUCUACAUCAGUUACCUGUCCAUUCUCUCCUAUAACUACACUUGGCUCUUGAUAUUUCGAUUCCUGGUUGGCGUGGGAAUCGGUGGAUUUUCUCUCAGGAACGCGUUGAUGUUUGAGUUUCUGCCGACGUCAUUUCGCGUAAAAAGUGCCUUCUUGAUUUUGAUUUCUUGGUCUGCGGGCACGUUGGUGGAGAUGCCAAUCUUGAUCAUUCCCGGCUUGGGAUGGAAGUACCUGAUGGCGAUAAAUCACACGCCGCACUUCAUCGUCAUAGCGAUACUCCUCUAUCUUCCGGAAUCACCGCGGUUCUUGCUGAAGCACGGAUUCCACCGAGAGGCUAAAGAAUGCCUGCGACGAAUGGCCGAAGUGAACGGAGCGAGGCUGCCCGUCGGCGAGCUGGUGUCGGAGGAAGAAAAGGACGAGGCCGUACGCCAGGGAAACGUCUUUGCUAACCAGGAGAAACGUGUGAAGUAUCACGAUUCCUUCUUCGGCCUCUACCAGACCAAAGUGCUACGAACUACGACAGUCAUGUUGAACCUCAUCUGGUUCUCGUUAUUCUUCGCCGAGUACGGUAUGUACUUCUUCUCGACCGAGAUGCUCAAGAACCUGCAUCGGCACGACGACGGCGCGCCGCUCGAACCCCCGACCACCGUCAUCAACGUGACGGCCGAGUUCCUCAGCAACAUGUCUCUGUCCACGGCCAAGACGAUUCUCGCCACCGGCUUCGGCGUGCCCAUGCUUAACGUCACCAUGUCUGCGGCGACGACGGCGGCGGCAGAUGCCAUGUCGUUGCUAGGCGACGGUGUGCAGUCUUUCUCCGUGUCGCCGUCGCCGUCCGCAGCGACGCUACUCAUGCAAAACGCUACGGACGCGCUAUUGAACGGCACUGCAGAAGUGGUUGGAGAAGCCUGUAUUCCGUUGACAGGGAGCGAUUACCUGUCUCUAUUUACCACCUUCAUGGGAUCUUUUCCAGGAAUUAUCAUAUUCUUCUGGAUCAUGGACCUGGUUGGUCGGCGAACGGCGCUGGCCUUGAACAGCUUUGCGGCAUGCGCGUUCAUAGCGGGGCUGAUGGUGCCCAACCUCACACGCCUGUCGCUGACCAUCAUUCUGUCGUGCUUGCGUGCCGUGCUCACAGCCGCCUUCAAGGUCUUGCUCGUCUAUACGCCAGAGGUCUAUCCGACAAUGAUACGCAGUCGUGGUGUCGGUUUCAACAUCGCACUGGGUCGGUUUGGGGCAGUGCUCACACCGUUCGUAGCUGAGGUUCUACUCAAGAAAUCCAUGCUUGCUGGAGAGUUUGUGUACCUUGCUACCUGUGCCUUGGCUGGCGCUCUUGGACUACUAUUGCCAAUAGAGACGAAGGGGAAGCCCCUCCCGGAGUAGCCGUGCAUCAGAAGAAGCCCACUUCCUGAGGAUGUCCGGCUGAGGAACACCCGCUGACGAUGGUAAAUUCCUACUUCCCAUAAGCCCAGCGACAUGCUCCUCGUGCCGUUUUCAUGGGAAGAACAAUAAUUGCUGUAGCGGCAAACUCGCCCCCAUCUCAUGCACGCGGAUGGCAAUGGUGUUAUUAAAAAAAAAAACAAGACAUGCUCAAUACGCCCAUGGUUCGAGUCGUACUGCACCCGGCAGGAAAGAGGUCACGCUAUUGUGUCGUAAUUUUACUUGUUUUGCACAUCCUUGUGACAUCAGAGGCACCGGGUCGCCACUCAGGACAUGCACGUUUAAUGAUGUCAUUCCAUGAUGUCAUCAUUUGAGGUGUUUUGUACGGAGUGGCAUCACGAGGACUGGUGUGCCGCUCCAUGCAAAGCACCCAGCUUUGUCAUUCGACAAACCCCAUAGUGGUUGUCUAAUUUUUUUCAAAUAUCCGGGCAUCCUUCUGACCUUCGUAAGCUGCGAACAUCGCACUGCUGUUGUUGCUGCUGCUGUGCUUUCGCUCUCCGUGGGAAAUGUACAGCAGAGAUGGUACCACCUACGUAAAUUAACAGUGCAGCAACCGAGGCCAUGAUCUAGAUCAUUGACGGUAUUCCAUUUUUCUUACUCUAUGAUUUUUUUAUCUGAUGACCAUUAUGAGAUUUUCUAAUUUUUAAAAUUAGCAGCCUAUUAUAGGGGCCAUCCGACAUUUUCGUUAAUUCUCACGGACCAAAAAAUAUAUUGACAUGACAGCUAGCCUAGAAUGGAUUGAUGUUUCAGCUAUGAAUAUUUUUUUGUAAACGAAACUCUCCUCCGCCCACCCACCUGUAAACGAAACUUUUUUUCGUUUCGUGUACAGGAUCGAUAAUUAUUAUUAUGGGCGGCCCCUUACUUACUCCAUUGAUUUGAUCCGUUGAGCAGAUCAUCUUUGUACAGGAGGGUUGAGUCUUAACUGUGAUUAAUAGUAGUCCCAAUGCCGGGCUCAUGUUGUAUUUUAUUCUUUGUGUCCUGCAGUUACAAUCAUGUGUGAAUCCGUUUGACAUCAGCAUAUCCUCAUAAUAAUAUUAUCAUUGACCGUC